GAUGAAAUGACCUUUGAAGCGGGGCCUUGGCAUGCGUUUGGUACUGAGAUGCUGGAACGUCUCGUAUCGAGAAGUGAAUACGAGUUGCGCGGCCUGGGCGAAAAUGAACAUUCCGGGUUAUCUGCCGAUAACAAACAGAAACUUGGAUUCGUACCUGAUUAUUCUGUGGUUGUUCGUGAUGAUUGUACAUUCCUUGAAGUAACGUCUCAAAGUUGGCUCCUUGCAUAUCGAAGCACAUUGAUGAGUCGAGAAGGACCUAGGCCAUCUUUUGUUGGAUCGAAUGAUGCAGCAAGUACCAGGACAAUAGACGACGAUUCUUCCUGGACAGCCGUUCAAGAUCAGCCAAAAGGAAAAUCUAUGGUUUCUCCUCAGGUGCAUAUUGAUUAG